AUGGGCGCCCAAGCUUCUAAACAACAACAGCAAAACGAUAAUAAAACUUUACUAUUUGAAUCAACAGUUCCAGUGAAUUUCAGUGAUGCAGUCUUAGCCCAACUGGAAUCAAGUACAGAUAGUUCCUAUACAAAAAAACAAACUGCUGAAAAAUAUAUUCAAGAACGUAUUUCUAAAGAACUAAACGUCUUAGAAACAGAAACCUUGGAAAAAUUUGAAAAUAAAUUGAAUACUUCCUUAUUACAAAGUACGCCUGAAGAAGAAGAAUUGGAUAAAAAUGGAAAAUUGUUGACUUCUCAACAUCUAAACAAAAAAGUAACGGAGUUAAAUGAGCAUCUAAAUAACUUAAUUCAGCAACGCAGUUCUAAGUUUGAAAAGAAUGAGGAUUUGAAAAAAAUCAAGGCCAACUUAAGUCAAUGUUUGAAAGAUAAUCAAGGUAAGCCAUUAAAUUGCUAUGAUGAAAUUCAAAAUUUCAAGAAAAUUGUUAACGACGUCACUGCUAUGUAA